UGAAUGAGUGCCAUCUACCGGCCAUACACGAGUCUUCCGUGUCCUGCGUUUCCCAAUCCCAUUUCCUUGCAGAUUACCCCAAAAGCCCGACCCUCCCACUCGCGGCCGCCCGUGCGCUAUAAAACGGGGAGAUAAAAGAGGAAGCCUAUUAAGGUGCCUAUUUUCCUCCAAGGGAGAAAGGGGGUGGGUGUGUGUGCGAGCUCAUUAGAGUGCACCAUGUUGUGGGAACCAUCAGGAUGCUGCUGUUGCAGUCUCAGGACUGGGAGCCUGGUGUUGGCAACCAUAGUAAUUGUAACUGGGACCCUGGGCAUGAUAAAUGAGAUUGGUGCUCUCAUUGUUGGGGAUAUACCUGACACCCUGAGAGAAGUUUGUGAAAAAGAAGAAAACGAUAAUAUGGAUGUGGAUGAAUGCUAUAACUUUUCUCUCCCAAUAGUGUAUGGAGUAUUGAUAACCAAGCUUGUGUUGGACAUCAUACAAGUCACAAUUAGCAUCCUCUUGGUCCAUGGCAUCCUCAAGAAUAAGACAAGAUUCAUGAUACCCUACAUGAUCAUGGUACUGGUUGGUAUCAUCAUAAUGGGGCUGGUUGCUUUGUUAGCAAUUGGUGCAAUGGCCUAUUCUGGACUCUGGUUGGGCGUCUUCAUCUUUGCCCUUAUGUUUGGCCUGAUUAUUUUCCUUGAGACUUACUGCCUUUUGGUUGUCCGAGCCCUUUACCUCCAGCUCAAACGCCAGAAGGGACAGCGCCACAUGAUCCUGACUGAGCAAGGCUAUAGCAGAGCCAAGACAGAGGAGUUUGGAGAGUAUCAAUAAGCAAAAUGCACUGAUAAAACCUGGAACCUGUUUGGAAGGCAUAUAGCUUUAUAGACAGGAUUGCAUAAUCAUGACCAAAAUUCACUGUUAUUUGUAAAACCAGAAUAACAUGUGAGGGAAAAAGUAAAAUUUGUAGUGUAGAAAUUCUGUUUGAGAGCAGAAUUAGUUUUAUUUUAAGGAGAACAAACAAAUGGAAUAUUGAUAUUUGGAUAAUCAAAUUAGUCAGACAAUUUUUUUACAAAUGUCUUGGACUAAGACAUAAUGGAGCAUGUCUGUGAUUUGUUCCAUCAGUUGCAUGACAGAGUUAUAUCGAGUGGAAACCAGAAUUGUUAAAUAGAUUGAGGGUCAGUUUUUUUUUUUUUUUUUUUUAAUCAUGAUAGUACUUGUAUAUUUAAACAUAAGGCACAGUCAUUCCCAGCUCAUGAACCCCAGUGGACCUGAACCAAGGAAUCCUGAAACAACACAUGUUUAAGGAAAUCGUGGUUUAAAAUCGCAAGGGUUCAUCAGCUGCACACAAAUUUUGGGAAAUUGCUAUAAAAAAAAAGAAACAUGAUAAAAAGAAACAAAAAGACAGGUGAUUGUUUUUGCAUGUAUCAGUAAUUAGUAAAUAUAUAAUGCAUGAGUAUGUUACAUGUUUCCUAGUGUCACUUUUUUGUCUGUUUGUGUGAACAUAAUUAUACAUAUGUACAUAUGAAUAUGUAUAUGUGUAUAUGUUUUUUCUUCUUUUUUAUGAACAAUGACAGUUUUUUGUUUUGUUUAUUGUUUUUGUUUUAUUUUUGUUUUUUUGUUUUUUGUUUAUUAACUCUUGUGUGGCAGGUAAUGUCGUAAAAUGUUCUGCUUAGGAAGGGUCCUGGUAGCAGGCACUAUCAUCAGCUUUUUUUUUUUCUUAGACAUAUAUAGAUACUUAUGUGUAUAUAUAUAUAGAUAGAUAUAUAUGAAUAUAUUAUGAAUGUAUUCAGAAUAUAUAGUCAUAUAUAUUCAUAUAAAUAUAUUA